CUCUUACUCAUGACUUGCUCACUAUACACUACUUGAUCAGUUCAUACAACACUUGCCUUUUUUUCUCUCUCUCUUGCCUGCCAUGGCAGCUUCCUCUGCAAAACUCUUCUCUUUUCUCUUCCUCAUCACACUCUCCUUCUCUGUGCAAAUUUAUGCUAGAGAAAGCCAGUUCUUCAGCAAAGUCACAAAUGUCAACAUCCCUGCCAAGGAAAGAACAGCACCCCCCAAAAAAGAAGAAACUACUUCUAGCGAACAAGAAGAUCAAGAUCAGCCCGCCUUCAUUCCAGACGCCCAAGGUGGCUACGGCCUCUACGGCCACGAAUCUACGGAGCUCUCUCACGCCUCCACCACCCUAACCAAUGUCAAUGCCGCACCCUACACCACCACCCCCACCAAUGUCCCCUACAAAACCCAGUUUACCAGUAACCCCACCAAUGUCCCAUACAAAAACGAGUUUGAGGACGAGGAAUCCUUGAACAAGUACCUCAACGCCAACGACAACAACGACAACAAGAACAACUACUACAACGGUGCCAACCAGUACUACAACAACAACAACUAUUACAACAACAAGAUCAACAGAAACAGAGCCAACCAAAAUGACUUGGUUAACACAAGGCUAACGGAGAAAGAGUACACCACCACCACCACCCCCACGGCCAACGAGAACAACUACUACAGCGGUGCCAACCAGUACAGGCAAGGGAUGAGCGACACGAGGUUUUUGGAGAAUGGCAAAUACUAUUACGACCUCAACAAUGAGAAUCUCAAUUACAAUCCUAACCAGUAUGCAGGGAACUCAAGAGCUGUGAACCCAAGAAACGGGUACGGAAACAAGGUCUAUUAUGGCAACAGGGAGAACUCCUUUGAGAACAAUAAAUCCAUGGAAGGGUACCAAAAUGAGGAAGAGUUCCAAGAGGAGCAAGGCGAGUUCGUGCCGUGAGCUUGCCUAGCUGCCUCGACAUAAUUAAGUGCAAGGACCGAGAUUGGAAUUUGGUUCUAGGCAUAUAUCUUCACUCUGCAUGCAGUGGUGUUUUAUACUACUUAAUUAUAUAUGGUUUGGUUGAAGAAAAAAAAAAUUAGGUUAAUUUACGCAGGGUUCUUAAUGUUGAUUUGUUGUCAUGUUUCUGGGUUUGGAUAGUACUCUUCAUGCUUUGAAAAGCAAAAGUAUGAAAGCAUAAUUUUUCUUUUGCA